AUGAGCCCGGCAAAGAAAGACACUGCCGCGCAGGACAAGAGCUCUACCAUAGAGGCUGGCCAUGAUGGGACCUUGAGCCCUGUUGCUUCCAUUCAAUCAGUACACCAGCAACCGCCUGAUCUCUUCGACGACGCCAACAGUGAAGUCAAUUUCCGUGGUGUUUCCUGGCAAGGCGCCGCUGUCCUCGUUACGAAGGUCCAAAUUGGACUCGGGGUCUUGAGUCUCCCCUCCACCUUCCACGUUCUGGGCUUCUUUCCCGGCAUCUUUUGUUUUAUUAUCCUGGCUAUGAUCUCGACUGUGGCCGGCUAUGUAUGUGGGAAUGCUAGGCAGUACUACCCCCAUAUGCACAGCAUUGGGGAUGCCGCCGAGAUGCUCUUCGGGGAGACAGGCAGGGAGGUCGUUGGGAUCAUCUACUACAUCUACCUUGCCCUGGUAGCUGGUGCAGGAAUGCUCACAACAUCAGCAUCGUUAAAUGCCCUAUCUGAGCACGGAGCCUGCACCACCGUCUUCCUCGGCGUUACCUGCGCCGCCUCCUUCAUCAUCGGGACAGGCUUCAGGUCUCUAGAGAAAGUCUCCUGGCUGAGCUGGCUAGGCGUGGCCGGAAUCAUCAUUUCCAUCUGGAUCACCGCAAUCGCAUGCCUCACCCAAGACCGGCCUGCCGUGGCUCCUGCAGAUGGCUCCAUCGAUCUUGAUAUCCGUGUUCUCCCGCAAACGACCUUUCUCAAGGCAAUGGGCGCCAUCUCGACUCAGUUAUUUGCCGUCGGUGGAUCUGGGACAUUCUUCACCUUUGCUGCUGAAAUGAAGCACCCUCACCUCUUCACCAGGUCGCUGCUUUGCGGCCAGACUUUUAUUGUUGCAACGAAUAUCGUGAUCGGGUCGAUUGUCUAUGGCAAGGUUGGCCAGUAUAUCGCAAGCCCUGCCCUAGGCUCAGCAGGUCCUCUUAUCAAAAAGAUAUCCUACGGCAUUGCGCUACCAGGGCUGUUAGUGACUGCAGUCUUAUGGAGUCAUAUCGCAGCCAAAUAUUCAUUCGUGAGGAUCCUACGAGGGACACGCCAUCUCCAGUCAAAUACCACCCAGCAUUGGGCCGUCUGGGCUGGCUCGAUGGCCGUCACCGUCGUUUUCGGCUUCAUCAUUGUCGGCGUCGUUCCCUUCUUCGACGACUUCCUAAGCCUCGUCGGGGCUCUUUUCAAUCCGGUCUUCACUAACGUUAUUCCCGGCUUCAUGCUCUUAUUCUUCAUUGCAAGACAGCCCGUUAAAGCCAUUCAAGGAGGCCCACAUCCGAGCCUGAGCCUUUCGCAGUCCUCGUCCGCAAAUCACUGGCUCGUUGACUCCUACCUGGUUGCGAGGGGCGGCUGGAAAGCCUGGAAAUAUGCCCUUGGCUUCACGCUCGCUUGGUUCAUGGUCGUCUCCGGCUUUCUGAUUAUGGUUGGGGGUACUUAUGCAACUGUUCUGAGUAUCGAGGCUGCUUAUGGCGAUGGCAGCAUCACGGGCGUGUUCUCUUGCGUUGAUAACUCCUAG